AUGGCACGACUCCGCUCCCAAUGCCGGCAACCUCCAAUCUUCCCAGAAGGCCGCGGCGCCCACCACCCCGCAGACCGCUACCGAAAAGAUAUUCCAGCGAUAGGUGGACUGUUCCCCGUUGACGAGAAGCUUAUUGCCUGGUAUCGCGCCAAAGCCACCACUGCAGCACUAACCGACAGCCCCGCCAAGGAGCGCAUGAACCAUGAGCAAGUAAACAGGAUUGCGGAGAACCGGCUCGUUGCCGACCCAGGUGCUACGUAUGCCAAAGAGUCCUAUCUGAACCUACCCACGCCCCCGCCAUGGGUUGCGGGACCCAAUUCGGUCAAGGUCGCCAACCCUCUCAAGAACCUUGAGCCUCAGAAUAUUAAGAUCGACAAGGCUUAUUUGGUGUCCUGCCCUAAUUCGAGGGCGAGCGAUAUCGCUGCUGCGGCACGAGUUUUCCGCGAGGCUGCCACGGACGGCCAGCCAGCCAAGGUUGCUAGUGGUGUUCGCUUCUACCUUGGCGCGGCCUCCCUUUCCGAGCAGAAGAUCGCCGAGGAGGCUGGCGAUUGGAAGGUCCUACUCGACGCCGGCGCCAUAGAGCUCCCGGCUGCGUGUGGGCCGUGUAUUGGCCCAGGUACAGGCCUGCUUGAGAAGGGCGAAACGGGUAUCUCGGCAAGCAACCGAAACUAUAAGGGCCGCAUGGGGGAUCCGUUGGCGAAGGCGUAUCUUGCCAGUCCUGAAGUUGUUGCUGCCAGUGCUCUUGCGGGCAAAAUUGCCGGCCCUGGUUGGUAUCAGAAGCCAGAGGGCGUUGAAAAGGUGAUUAUCGGAGAGGGAAGCGGUGAUUUCGCUGCCGACAAGGCUCUCUCUCUUGAGGCUACCGCUGCCGAAGACGAAGCCUUGACUAAUGUUCUACCGGGCUUCCCUGAGAAAAUCGAGGGCGAAAUUAUUUUCUUAGAUUCGGAUAAUAUUAAUACCGAUGGCAUAUAUCCUGGAAAAUACACUUAUCAGGAUAACCUCCCCAAGGGAAAGAUGGCCGAAGUGUGCAUGGAGAACUAUGACCCCGAGUUUACUAAACUCACCAAGCCAGGUGAUGUGUUCGUGACUGGUUUCAACUUUGGAAGUUCCCGUGAGCAAGCCGCCACGGCCAUUCUAGCUAGAGACAUUCCUCUCGUCAUCGCAAGAAGUCUCGGAAACAUCUUUAGCCGCAACAGCAUCAACAACGCACUGGUCUCUCUGGAAAUCCCCCGCGUGGUCGAGCGACUACGCGAGGCGUUCAAGGACGACGCCGAGAAGCCCCUGACGCGCCGCACGGGCUGGAAACUUCUGUGGGAUGUCCGCCGCUCCAAGGCCGUGAUUACGGAGAAGGAUGGCACGGUGUGGGAGCAAAAGGUUAGCGAGCUGCCGCCCAGUGUGCAGGAGAUUAUUGCUGCUGGAGGUCUGGAGAAUUGGGUCAAGUCUAAGAUUUAG